AGCUAUUAAAGGUUAGGCCUCAGGGGCUGUGGUCACGUGAAACAGGAACGGAAAAUCAACAUGGCGCUACUUAAUGAGGUUUAAGACCAAUUGACGAGAGACUGGAAAUUUUGAAAGCAGCUACUGUCUUAUUUCAAAAUGUUCACACGUCGGUUAGGCUAACAUUUGAAGCGUUAACAUAAAUAGCAAUAGUCGGCUCGGUUUAGUGAACUGUGAGAACGCAUCAACAAUCUUCGCUGUUGCCUUCACCCCGCAACUACAGCAGCAGCAGUGAUGUCACUUGUAGAUCCCACCUCUGACACCACACCCUUCUUCUCUGAUGACAAUGAGGGGGAAGGGUCAGCAAAAAAAAGAGAUGGACCUUUACAUCAUCAGGAGGAGGAUUCAGCCAGCGGAGUGUCCAAUAAGAGAGCACUGCUCACUGUGGUAGUCCUCUGCUACAUCAACUUACUUAACUACAUGGACAGAUUCACCGUAGCAGGCGUGCUUCCUGACAUUGAGCAUUUUUUCCUCAUCAGUGAUGGAAAAUCUGGGCUUCUUCAGACAGUCUUUAUUUGUAGCUAUAUGUUCCUGGCUCCUGUCUUUGGUUACCUGGGAGACAGGUACAAUAGGAAGAUGAUCAUGUGUGUGGGCAUUGGCUUCUGGUCAGUGGUGACACUAGCAAGUUCCUUCAUUGCUAAAGAUUAUUUCUGGGCAUUACUGUUAACACGGGGGCUGGUGGGUGUGGGCGAGGCCAGCUAUUCUACCAUUGCUCCCACCAUUAUUGCUGAUCUCUUCAUCAAGGAGAAGAGGACCACCAUGCUCUCUGUCUUCUAUUUUGCCAUCCCUGUUGGCAGUGGUCUAGGCUAUAUAGUGGGAUCCACAGUGGACUACAGGGCUAAGGACUGGCACUGGUCUCUGCGGGUGACCCCUGUGCUGGGGCUCUUGGCUGUGCUCCUGCUGGUGUUUGUGGUGAAGGAGCCCAAGCGGGGGGCUGUGGAGGCCCGACCUGAGCACGCACUGCAAAGGACCAGCUGGUUUACUGACAUGAAGGCCCUCUGUAGGAAUAAAAGUUUUGUUCUGUCCACGUUCGGCUUCACAGCCGUAGCCUUCGUCACAGGCUCUCUGGCUCUAUGGGCUCCUGCAUUCCUUUUCAGAGCUGCAGUCUUCACUGGGGAGAAGCAGCCCUGUGUCCAGGAGCCCUGCGACACCUCGGACAGCCUGUACUUCGGCGUCAUCACGUGUGUGACGGGAGUGUUGGGUGUGGCGACGGGUGUGGCUGUGAGCCGGUGGCUGAGGACAAGGACGCCCCGCGCUGACCCGCUGGUGUGUGCUGCUGGCCUCCUGCUGGCUGCCCCUUUCCUCUACCUCUCCAUUGUAUUUGCCCAGGCCAGCACCAUAGCAACCUAUUUCUUCAUCUUUUUUGGUGAGACAUUCCUCUCAAUGAACUGGGCCAUUGUGGCUGACAUCCUGCUGUAUGUUGUGGUCCCCACAAGGCGCUCCACUGCUGAGGCAUUCCAGAUUGUACUCUCACACCUGCUGGGAGAUGCGGGAAGUCCCUAUCUCAUAGGAGUGGUGUCAGACUUCCUAAAGCAGGUAGAUUCCUACAUGUGGCAGUUCCGCUCUCUGCAGCUCUCACUCCUGCUCUGCUCCUUUGUGGCUGUGGGGGGUGGCGCAUUUUUCCUGACUACAGCCCUCUUCAUUGAAAAAGAUCGACACCUUGCAGAGAACUAUGUUCCCUCAGAUGAUGCACCGAUCAUUGUCCCCAAGAGAGGAAGGUCCACCAAGGUGCCAGUGUCGAGUGUUUUAAUUUGAGGAGAAUGAGAGGUUCUCAGUUUAGGGAAUACCAACCUCAUUGGCUGAAGCAGAUGGACAUUGUUUAUCUUAAAGCCAGCUGUGGAGUAGUGUACUGACUGGACUGACUCCCCUUCAGGGAUUUCUAUUAUUUAUUAUGCUUGUAAUCUUUACGUUUUACUAACAGGAAGAUUGAAGUGGCACUUUGACUUGCUGUUCCAGGCAUACUUUAGAUUGUUCAGCAGCCUGCUGAGAGGAAUCCAGGUUCCUGCCUAGGGUUAGCUGAAGGCUAUAGGCUUGUGGAGAAAUGUAUGCAGAUGUGAGCAUCUGAAAAGCUGUGUAACCAAACAUUUUUUUUAAAGAGAUUUUUUUCUGAUUUGACUAGCACAUUUAGUGCUUUAAAUGCUAAGCCACGAGAAAAUGAUUUUAAUUUAUCAAUAUGUUGAAUAUAAAGCUUUGGGAUGUGGGUUAAAUUUAAACUCGGCUAGUCACAUUUGACUAUGCUCACUGAAACAUCAAUAGAGAACCGUACCCGACAUUUUUGUGAAAAGCUAUGUGAAGCAGUUAUGCUUUUAGCUCUGAAUAAUUACGUGCUCAGCCCUCUUCACAAAGUACCUUCAUGUACACUGUGGUAUUACACUCAUAUGCUACUUCAGUUCAAGUCACUUGGGUAAUUUGACUAAAGACAUUUAAGAUAGUAAAGUGCACAGAAAGCAAACACUAGCUGCUACAUUUUAAUAUACUGCUUAUUAAAGCUAGUGCUGCAGUCGUAAUAGGAAAUAUUUAGUAGAAUCGGUUAACAAUUAACACACUACUUUUUGAUCUUUAUAUUGUGCCUCUGAAAAAAUUCAUUCCUGUUUGUUUUUUUAUGAAGAGAUUUUGGGAUCAAUUAAAAUUUGAAAAAAGACUGGUCAUUAACCUUUUUCUAUACAUUAAACAAGUUUUGGAUCAUGCGUGUACUUGGUCUUUUCUGGUUCAACUGGAUUCUCAGAGCAGUUGUCUUGGUUAAGACUGCAACUCAGCUACUGAUGUAUUUUCCUUUAAUGAACAAAUACUGUAUGAUUAUUAAAAUUCUUGGCUUUACAGUCUUA